AAUUACUUAACCGGUUAUAAAUAAAGUAAUUGUUUAAUACGUAGUUUCUUAUUAUCAAUAUAUAUAAUUUUUAAUAUUAUAUUAUUUUGUUAAGUGUUUUGUGUCUUAAUUUUCGGAUACGUUUUUAUUGUCAAGAUCGAUAAACACAUGUGCUUCAAUGUGCGUGCGUGUAUAUUGUGUGCGUGAACGGGCUAUGUACUGAUGUGUGCGUGUAAGUCGAUCUGAAGGUCGUCAUGGAGAAGGUUAGCUGAUCCUGGGUUAGGCCGCGCAAACCAAGCAAGCGGCUUUUUGCGCGCAUCAUGCAGGUGUUCGGCGAGUGGGCCCAGGUGGAGGUUGUGGAACUUGUGAAUGAUGGAUCCGGGCUGGCUUUUGGUAUUGUUGGAGGCCGUUCCUCGGGAGUCGUCGUCAAGAGUGUCCUACCGGGAGGAGUCGCUGAUAGGGACGGCCGUCUCCGUAGCGGCGAUAUGCUGUUACGUAUUGGCGCUGUUUGUGUUGUUGGUAUGUGCGCUCGUCAGGCUGCUUCUGUGUUGCGGCAGUGCGGCGCCUGUGUCCGGCUGCUGGUGGCUAGGCCAGCGCAUGGCGCUUUGCAGGCGUCUCUGGGUGCGUCACCAGCGCCGGUUGUGCCUUCACGGUUGCUGACUGAUCCGAUAGAGUUGGAGCGGACUCUGGCUGAGGCUGGUCAUGAUGGGUUUGGGGCACUCUGCGAGGACACCACACCGACAUCACCACCACCUACCAUCAUCGAGGAAAGACUUCAUCAUCGGCCGGUGGCGUCUAUAGUGGCGGUGGUACCACGAGGGGCGCUCGCUCCGUCUCCGCGACCGCCACCACUCAUAACCACCUCGGAGCCACAACCACCACCAUUGCGGCUUCCUUUAGAUAUGGCAAUACGGGGAUCCGAGCCUGAAUCCAUCAGCUACGAGGUGGAAUUGAAUAAGGACUCCGCUCUAGGACUCGGCAUAACAGUCGCAGGAUAUGUGUGCGAACAGGAGGAACUCAGCGGUAUCUUCGUGAAGAGUGUGAGCGCUGGCAGCGCUGCCGAUCUCUGUAAGAAGAUUCAGGUCAACGAUCGAAUUGUUGAGGUUGACGGUGUCUCUUUGCAUGGGGUCACAAAUCACAGGGCUGUGGCCUUACUUAGGGAUGCGAGGGGUCCUAUUGUUAAAUUAAAAGCCUUGAGAUAUCUUCGUGGUGCGGGUUUCGAACGACUUCAAAAGGCGCUGGCGGCUCAAGAUGGCCGGCGCUCACCGAUCGCACCCCCAAGCCCCUCAGUGACAUCUCUUGCCAAAUAUAGCUUUAGUGUGUACGACGAAUCAACGGUGAUUGAAGCGGAGCCGGAGUCAGAGGUCCAAGGUCACCUUCCAUCACCGACUUCCCCCGAGGAUGCGGAGAUCGUGAUCGGCAGAGAUGAUGACAUCUCAGAGAGAGAGGUCAGGAGAAUACAGGACAAGUGGCGGGAUGUCCUGACUGAGGAACCAGAUUGGCCAGGACAUGACCAGCCAUAUGAUAUCGUAGUAGGAACUAUAAUGAGAGAGCGGGAUAGCGGCUUGGGGAUUUCUUUAGAGGGCACGGUGAGGGUAGUUGCGGGGAAGGAGGUCCAAGCUCGCCAUUACAUCAGAGCCAUCGCACCAAAUGGACCAGUUGCUCGGAUGGGUCUUUUUAGGGUAGGCGAUGAAUUGUUAGAGGUGAAUGGUUGGCGUGUUUUGGGUGCUCACCAUGUGGAAGUCGUCACCAGACUGAGGGCGGUUCGAUCUCCAGCCGUUCUUGUGGCAGCAAGACGAUUGCCUAAAACUCCAACGGUGCUCGGUGGAAGUCUCCAGGAACUACUAGCUCCUCCUCAGCGUCUCAUUAAAGCCAAGUCUGAGAGUUCAGUGGCUUCACUGUGCAGCGCCAGCACGGUUCUAUCCGGACAUCAUCACGACGAAUUCUGCUCCGACCUUGAGCGUAAUAGGUCAAGGUCGCUGGAGCCGCUCAGUGGGCUCGCCAUGUGGAGCGAUCAGGUUGAAUACAUACAACUGAUGAAGGAAGACAGAGGACUUGGCUUCUCGAUCUUGGAUUAUCUGGAUCCUUCUGAUCCUUCCCGUUCUGUGAUCGUGGUGCGCUCGGUGGUGUCUGGUGGCGCUGCGGCCGCUGACGGUCACUUAGCGCCCGGAGAUCGACUGGUCUCUGUCAAUGGACUUGAUGUUUCCACAAGCCCAUUGGCCGUCGCUGUAGCAGCCAUCAAGAGUGCGCCUAAAGGCAUAGUGACCAUUGGUAUAUCGAAACCUCUUCCUUGUAGCACCAUCGUGGGUGGCGAACGAGCCAACGGACAGAGCGAUCAGGGCAGUCAGGAAUGCAUUAAUUCGUUAGCAUCCGACGAUCAUACUGGGAUGGAUUCCUUCCACGAAUGCUUACAGGAAUACGGUGAAGGUUUGGAAGUUGUGCAAAUAUGUCUGGAACCAGAAGAUGAAUCUGCUAAAUACGAGGACUUGUCCGCUUUGGCUGACGUAAGUUACGAUGAUUGUAAGAAAGACACUAUCAGAGACGAUGACUUUAUAACGGAAGUCAAAGAUAACAAACAAGUUAACGGCGUUAUGGAAUUUAAAUCGUCCAAAUCUGAUGGAUCCUUGGACGAUCCAGAUGAUGACAUGACCAUAACCGAGGAUGACACUUUACACACGCCGCGUGAGCUGACUAUGAGAAGUAAAUCAGAAGACAGGAAAGAUAAAGAUCGGGGGAGAGGUUUGUCAAAACAGCAGAGCAAAGACUUGUCAACGUCGGACGAGAUGGUGUUCGCAGUUACACCGACAGGUCUAGAAAGAAUAAGCUUUGAAAAAUACUGGAAGGACGUUGAUGUGAGCAAAAGCAAAACACAGAACGACGAUAGUUGGAAAGAAUGUCCCAAUUCCCCAUCCGACGAUACGAGCUUCUACGAUGCGACCAUGAGAAUAUCUGUACAGGAACAAAACAAUUCCCUACUGUACAUUGACCAUGAGAUCGAUGGGUAUGAGACAUGCGUAGAUGAUGACUCUUCGUCUGUUAAGUGUCCAGACAACAGCAGCUAUAAAAUUAACGGAGAUAGCGAGAUCAAAGAAUUAGAUAAACACGAUAAAAUACACUUUAAUAACAAAGACAACGAUGUUUGUGCCAAAACUGAAGACGAUCAGAUCACUGCCAAUGCCGUAGACGAUGUGUCGUCUUACAGCCAUCCGUAUAUAGAAGAACAUAUUAUUAAGCAGAUGAAAUCGUUAAGAAUAGAGCCUUUAAGUAUACACAUAAAUAAUAAAAAAAUAAAGAAGAAAAGUCCAUCGAAACCGUCCAAGAGUGAGCGUCGCGUUAUCGAAUAUUACAACGAUCAAGCUGAGUGUUUGAAAGAGAUAAGACAAAAGAAACUAGAAGAAGAAGAAAAGAAGUACAGGGAAGAGCAUCAGAGAAGUGAAUGUUAUAAAAUAGCUGAGAAGAAAAUGCAUUUGAAAAAACAACUGCCAAGCGAAGAAUCGACAGAUGUAGAACCUUAUGUGUCCGGAUGUCAUAAAUGUUUUUUAGAGAACUACGCUUACGAAAUAACGAAGGCUUAUAUAAAAGAAGCGAGCACUUGUAAAUAUUGUGAGGUGAUUCGUGAUAUGUUAGAAGGGCCUAAGGUUAUGCCGAACAGAAGGAUGUCUGCUCCAGCACUGUUCAAUCUGGAGAGUAUAGAUACAGACACUGAUGAUGAAGAUCUUCUGGCUGUUCCUGUAGUCAAAGAUAGGAGGAAGUCCACCGGUCCAUUAAAGUUUCCAGUAGCUGGCAGAAGAUCGAGUUACGCGACUCCAGCUAUGACAGUAACAGUGGCUCCGGAGCGCCGUGAAGGUUCAGCCCAGAGAUGGGGGGCUCCAAGAAGAGUGACCCUCAGAAGAAGACCUGGUGCCCCACUGGGAGUAAGCAUUGUAGGUGGAAAGGUGGAUAUUAUUUCGAAGCAAAAUGGCGAAAGCGGUGGUGAAGAGAAGGCGAUCUUCGGUAUUUUUAUUAAAAAUGUAGUGCCCAAUAGUCCGGCAGCGGUUUGCGGGGAACUACAAACAGGAGAUAGGAUCUUGGAGGUGGAUGGUGUGUGUGUCCGAACAGCGCAGCAUGAACGAGCUGUGGAACUGAUCAAGGCUGCCAGGGAAGUCGUUGUUCUAACUGUGCAAAGCCUUCUGACUUGGAAUACAGACUCGUCUGAUGUAGAGGCCUCCCCUGCCACGUCUCCGCCGAGGCCCGUCAAGAAAGCACCAGCUCCUAAACCACCUCAGCAUGAAAUAAAGAUAAUGGUAACCGAACCAGAUAUGGAAAGAAAACAAGCGAAAGAAGAAGAGAAAGAGGAAAAAGGGAAAGAGAAUGAGAAACAAACAGAGAAACAACCAGAGAAAGUGAACGGAGAGGUUCAACCGAAGAAAGUUUACUCAGAUUCAGAAAGCAGUGACGAAGAAGACGAAAGAGAAUUACAAGGAAGAACUUAUUCCGAAAAAGGUGUUGAGAUCGACCGAGCAUCAGCUGGUGCUAUUAAACGCAGUAGAGAAGAGAAGGAGGCUGAUCCAGAGGAAGAAGAUGACUUCGGUUACACCACAAAUAAAAUCAAGAAGAAGUAUGGGUCAUUGGGUGACAGCGUGGUGGUCGUCAAAUUGGAGAGGACCCCGAAGGCUGGACUAGGGCUCAGUCUAGCCGGUCACAGGGACAGGAGCCGCAUGGCCGUAUUCAUAUGCGGCUUAAACCCAGCCGGCGCGGCGGCUCAGUCCUCGCCGCCUGUUAAAGUUGGCGACGAGAUACUGGAGGUGAAUGGCAUUGUUUUACACGGGAGAUGUCAUCUCAACGCGUCAGCAAUCAUCAAAGGGCUUGUUGGACCGGUUUUCAAAAUCAUAUUGCUAAGGCGUAAAUCGGCAUUGGAAGAUGUAGCUGUGAAGCCCCUAACUCAAUUUCCAGCAGCACUAGAUGAAGAGGCGGACGAUCGCUUCGCUGGCUACAAAGGCGUUCGAGAUAUAACUGUAAAGAAGGGUCCAUCCGGUCUCGGCAUAAUGAUAAUCGAGGGUCGUCACACGGAGGCUGGGAGAGGAAUAUUCGUAUCAGAUCUCCAAGAGGGAAGCGCCGCCGAACAGGCGGGUUUAAACAUCGGAGACAUGAUACUGGCAGUUAAUAAAGAUUCCUUGAUCAGCGUUAGUUACGACGCAGCCGCAGCCAAACUGAAACAGACGGAAGGUGUAGUCGUACUGACCGUGUGCAGUCCGAAUAUGAAGGAUCCCUCUGAGAAAACGGACGACGCUUCUGGAGCAUCAGGUAAAAACGAUCCGUCUCGUCCAACAACUCCAAAGCCAACGCCGUCUCCUGUUAAAGCUGAACCUCCGGCGGAUCCGGCGACGGCCGCCAUAAGACCAAACACAGAUACUGUAAUCGAAGUCGCAGCCAACAGCGAAGUGCUCGGGUUCGCUCUCCUCGGAGGCAGCGACACACUUAUCAAUGGUCCAGCUGCUGUCGUGCUAGAAGUAUAUAAGAAUGGAGUUAUAGCUAAGGAUAAUAGAAUAAAAGUUGGCGAUCAAAUAAGAGAUUGCAAUAGCGUAGUUAUAAAUAAAGAUAUGACACACGAGAGAAUCUGUCUCACGAUAAAACUAAAAGUACCCAAGUUAAGGAUGACCGUGUACAGACCAGAUCCCAUCCAAUACGAUGAAAUAGAAGUGGAAUUGACCAAAAAAUCGGGUCGACCGCUGGGUCUCAACUGUGUACAACCAAUAGAAGGAAACGGAGCCUAUAUUGGGGAAUUGUUGCCGGGUUCAGCGGCUGAAGUCGACGGCCGCCUACAGAGAGGCGACUUCAUCGCGUCUGUCGAUGGCAAAGAUGUGUUCAACGCGGAUUUCCUCACUAUAGCGGCCGCAUUGAAACUUAGCAACAACAAGACCGCCAUUAAAGUUAAGAGAUUCAAAAUAAUACCGAGGUAAUUCUUAUCAGUUCUAAGUUAUUUUUAUCAGUUCUAAGUUAUUUUUAUCAGUUCUAAGUUAUUUUUCUUAUACCAUCGUUACUAAAUUGAGUUUUUGUUCGAAAUUGUUUUGUAUGAGCGUAGUUUGUUAAGAAUUUCAUUUUGUUGUAAUGAAUUGUUUAAUUUAUUAAAAAACAAAAAAAAAAAUAACAACUGUGAAAUCUAUUAUUCUUAUUUCUAUGUAUAAAAUAUUGUCCUAAAUCUGUAUGAUCUGUGGCGUUGAUAAAAUCAUUUGGAAGGUAAAUUGUGACUGUUCUCAUAGAAUGUGGUUUUAAUUUUUAUCUAAACAUUGUACUUGUGAUUUGAAAGUUAUUGUUGACGUCAUUUAGCAAUAAGUAAAAAGCAUUCAAUGAAGGCCUUCUUAUAUUAGGGUUACGUUAAAUGCAAUGCUUCAUAAUGUUAAGUGACUAGACAAUAAGUACAUGUAGCGCGUCAUAAAAUAACUUAUCCGAGUAAAUAAAUAACCUAGAUGAGAAAUUUAUAAAAUUAAUUUUAUUUCGAUCACUAUGUUAAAGGAUAUUAAACAACAGUCCUGAUGACAGGAGAUAUAAAACGAAUUUUAUAUAAUGUUUUAAUAUAUUUUAAUUAUAAAAAGAGUUUACUUACUGUAUUUCACUAGAACAAUGUUUCAGUAUUGAUUUAGAACUGAAAUUAUUUAUGUGUAGGCCGAAACAACCCUUUAUGGAUAGAAUGUAAACUCGUUAGGUUUUUUCAGUAUUUUAGAUGUAUUUAGUUAGUGGCAAGUUGCGUUAGUAUUUUGGAAACGAAAUUUUUCUGUUUUAUAUACAUAUAUGUAGUUAUCUUCGACUAUAAUUUUGGAAUAUCAUAAUCAUAAUUUGAAUUAAUAUAUCGAUAUAUAUAUAUAUAUAUGUAUGUUAUGCAUAUGUCGAAACGUCAACGUCACUUGCCAUUUUUUUUUAAUAGUUUCUCAUAGAAACUCUAGUCCAAAAUCAUUUAAAGUAUUCGAUUUUAUAUAUAUAUAUAUAUAUAUAUAUAUAACGCUUUUAAUCUAGAGUCUAGACCGUAAUCAAUUUGAAUCCUGUAAAACAAAGCUAGGUUUAGACUUAUAAUAAACGUAAUAUAAGCAUAAUAUUUGUACUAAAACAUUUUAUUGUUAAAAUUAUUGUUAAAUUUAUUCAAUAAUAUUAAUUAAUUUCAGUGAUUUAAAUGUAUUUCUCUGUUUUGUUCACUCUGUGUAUAUAUAUCAUUCUGUUAUAUGUUAUUUUAAAUUUCCUGCUCCGUAAACUGUAACAUUAUCAGUCUAUGUAAGUAGUUAUAGUGUAUGUCUAGUGCGAGUUGUACAUAGAGAAUCGCAUACAAAAAAAUAAUGAAAUGCGUAGAAUUAUUCUAAAUCAUUGUAAAGUGUACAUUACGUGGCUUCGCGGAGUCUUUGAAGCGGAUAGUGAACGUAUAGAAAUCUGAAUAACAUUCGAUUCUCACACUUAUUACAUUAAGUUAAAGUAGAUUUUAAACGGGCAAUGCGUUCUGGUCGAUUAUAUGAUAAAAAAAAAUAUUAUUGUAAUCGUUGAAAUUUUUUUUAAUGUUGAACGCUUAGAAAAUAUAUAUAUAUAUAUAUAAAUGCAAAAUUAUCGUGAGUAAACUAAUAUCAGAUUGGGUUACGCAUUCACGCACAAAUACGAAUCAACAUUUUUUUUUUUUAUAUAUAUAUUAAUUAUAAUAAAUAUUUUAUAAUAUGUUUUUAACCGCUAUUUAAAUCGAAUUACUAAAUUUGAUAUAAAAAAAUUUGUAAAGGCCAACAAAAUACUUUCGCCAUAUUAUGAGAAAUCAAGAUAAAAUCACGGAAUUAUUGCGUUUUUGUCUUAAAACUUCGUUUGACACUUACCGUAUAAUGUUGCCAGAUACAUCCCCUAUGUUAGUUGUCAGAUAGUCUAGUUAGUUACGUGUAUUUAAGAUGUAUGUAGAGUUUCAAAUUUUCUAGUGAAUUCUUACGACGUUUUACAAUUCGUUUGAAAUAUUAUACCAAAUAUUUAGUACGGAAUAGUUAUUAUUUAAUAAAAUGUGCGCUUUCUAA